AUGCGCCGCUGCUGGAGCGGCGCGCCAUCGCUACGGCCAUCCGCCGCGGCGCUGGUGGCCGUGGCCGCCGCGCCCGAGUUCACCGCCCUGCAGGACGCCGCUGCCGCCCGGGUAGCCGCGGCCGCCGCCGCUGCCCCGCUCAAAGGCGUCACCGAGGAAGGCGCCGCCGGCUGGGAGGUGUGGUACGGCAGCGAGCCGGAGCGGGUGCACACGCUGCUGUGCACGGGCACCGCCUUCACGCACCAGUACAGUCUCAGGGUGCCGCCAGCCGGCGUGGAGGGUGUCGUCGUGACGGCCAUGUGCCGCGUGGGCAACAAGAUGUGGGUUGGCGACUCCGCGGGACGCGUUUCCGUCUACUCGUGAGUAUACGGCAUCAUCAGCGCCAGCUGGAAGAUGAUAUUAAUAAAUUGCUUAAUGGGACUGUGAAUUUCUUAUAAAACGGAUAUAAUACAAUUGAUAAAAUUUU